GUGAAGGAGAUUCGGGCAACUUCCCAGCAUCUUCCUUGCCUCGCCUGAGCCCCUUAAACCUCCUCCUGGAGGUUCAGCGGCGCGUGAACGGUUACUUUGCCGCCCGGCCGCUGCGCCGUGCCAUGUUUGGAGGCAUCGCAUUGUUUGGCGGUUUCUACGUGGCUCAAACGAUCUCCCUCUCCUUCGGCGCUCUGAGCGUGAAUGACGUGGCGGCGGCGGCGCUGUGCCUUGUAUUCACGGAGGUGGUAACCAGAUCGUACUACUCGACGUUACGGCCAUCGUUUCCGCUCGCCCUGCUGAACGUGUUCAAAAUGGGGUUCACUUACGGGCUAUUCAUCGACGCUUUCAAGCUCGCCAGCUGAUCAGCCCAUGGCUGCGAUUCAUUCCUCGCAUUGGCGCUUCGCUUUCAGAAGGGGUUUCACUUCGCAUUGCCUCCUCAUCGAUGCUUGCAAGUCAGCCAGCUUACUGUUGCUGCUGGAGAUGAUAUGGAACAUGCCUACAGGAGACAGGGUGGGGAUAAGGUGGAGAUAAGGUGAAGAUAAGGGUGGUAGAGGCAUGCUGCUGACUGAGCUGCUAGAUGGUUACUAUGCUGAAAUGGAACAGGGCGCACCAAGCUGAGGGGACUUAAGAGUCGACUCAGGAGGCAUCUCGAUAUGCCACCAACUGAGCAGUGAGAUGGAUGCCGGUAGGUACGAUUUUUUAGGCGCCUCAAAACUAGAUGCCGGUAGGCACUAUGCUGAGCUGUGACACGGCGAACCAAGCUGAACGAUAGAGGGCAGUGGAGAAGGGCGGACCCUCGAGAGCUGGAGGCUCACUGGGAUUUGUGGCACGAUGUCAGGCAGCACGGUUCAGGUGGUGCCACACCCAGGAGGCUGAAUUGCUGAUCCUUCGUCUAGGGAUGGCACCUGAACCUCGUAUUCUAGGGAUUUGUGCCUAUUCUGUGCCAAAAAACGCAUCACCACUCACCAGUAACCAGGUGCUGACAUCCUCUCUGACGCUGUGCAAGGCAUGAUUUCCUUGCUUUCGGGCAGAGUGGGAGGGACUUGUUUGCCAAGCAGGGCUGGCUGACAGGUCCACACGUGUCAUGAUUUAAAAAUAGUGCCUUUCAUACUUAUGAGUUCUUGCCUCCCACGGGUGUAUGCCGCCGAG